AUGAGCCUUAAUGCAGCUAAGGUUGCGCCAGAGGCGGCGCCCGGGCGGGAGGCGGGGCAGGAACCGGGGCCAGUAGCGCAGGGGCCGGAGGCGGGGCCGGGGCCGGACUCUGAGAGCCGGCCGCAGCAGCCAGCAGGGCACGGCUCCGGGCCUCUCCAGGCAGCAAAGCCAGAGCGGGAGCCGGUCUCGGCGUUGGGUCCGGGACAGGAGCUCGAGCUGGGCUGGGCGGCGGGGCAGCGCGCGGGGGCCCCGCCGGAGUCGCAGCCGCUGCCGGCGUUGGGGUCUGAGAACGGAGUGUCCGACAGGCCCCGCUGCCACACCGACUGCCUGGCAGCGCCGCUCUCCCGGGCUUUCCGGCGGCUGGGAUGGGAGGUGGGCUCGCACCCCUGGAUCUUCUUGCUGCUGCCCAUGGUUUUAACGGCCGUCCUCGGCACUGGCCUGAUCCACCUGCCCAAGGAAGAAGACCUCGAGGAGCAGUGCGCCCCGAUAGGGAGCCCCGCCAAGGCUGAGCGACGCUUCGUGCAGGGACAUUUCACCGCCAACGACUCCAGUCUCUUCUCCAUCGCCAGGAAGAGCACCGAGGCCAAUUAUGCUUCCAGUCUAGUGGUCUCCAACACCAACUCGCUGCUGGAACAAGAAACCUUAUCAGAAAUUAGUGAAGUGGACGACGCGGUUCAGGCUUUGACUGUGACACAGGCCAGCGGAACCCAGAUCCUCUGCAGUGAGGUGUACUCGAAGAACCAGGGCUACUGUGUACCCUCCAACCCACUAUUGUUCGCCUGGAAAACGAACAGUGUCCUCAGCCUGAAAAACAUCACCUUCCCCAUCCACAGCCUAGCCGGCCAGGUCGUGUACCUGGCCAGAAUCCUUGGAGGAACUGUGUUAGGCGAGAGCAUGGGACUGAGCCAGUUACUCCUGGAGGCCAAAACCAUGCGGCUGCAGUACUACCUGAAGACUGGCGAAGGAGAGGACGGUGAACGUAGCAAGGCGUGGCUGAGGCACUUCCUGAACCAAGUUGGCAACCUUGGAAAGAGUCUGGCCUUGAAGAAGACAGAGGUGGUCUACUUUACAUCACUUUCUAGACAACUGGAAUUUGAGGCAACUUCUAUGACAGUGAUCCCCUUGUUUCACUUGGCAUACCUUCUAAUCAUAUUAUUUGCAAUCACAUCAUGCUACAGGUGUGACUGUAUACGAAACAAAAUGUGGGUUGCAGCCUUUGGAGUGAUUUCUGCUGCCUUGGCAGUGGUGAGUGGCUUUGGCCUGAUGUUGUAUAUUGGGGUGCCAUUUGUGAUCAUAGUUGCAAAUUCACCAUUUCUUAUUCUAGGCGUUGGGGUCGAUGACAUGCUUAUCAUGAUUUCUGCCUGGCAGAAGACCAACCUCAUGGAUAGCAUAAAAGAACGGAUGUCCAAUGUCUAUUCAAAAGUGGCAGUGUCCAUUACAGUCACCACCAUCACCAACAUCCUGGCCUUCUCUACAGGAAUUAUAACCUCUUUCAGGUCCGCCUAUACAGGAACAACCCUCCUCUUUUGUUAUUUUUAUAACAUCACCUGUUUUGGAGCAUUUAUGGCCCUGGAUGGUAAGAGAGAGGUAGUUUGUCUACGCUGGUUGAAGAAACCAGAAACUCCUGACCAAAAACGUUCCUCAUUGAAAAAGCCCUGCCGCCUCCCAUGUAAUUCUCUCCGAGACAAACAUAAAGCUGAUAUGCACCCAAUGAAUUUGUUCUUUAGAGACUAUUUUGGUCCUUUUCUCACAAGCACUGAGUCCAUUUUUGUAGUGCUUAUAUACAUUUUGUACAUCAUAAGUAGUAUAUACGGGUGUCUCCAAGUGCAGAAAGGUUUAGACCUCCGAAAUUUGGCAAGUGCUGACUCCUGCAUCACACCGUAAGAAGAACAUUUUUCAACUUAUGGUCCCAGGGUUAUGGUUAUUGUUACUGAAGCUCUUGACCGUUGGGAAGGAGAUGCUAGGCAAAAAUUGGAAAAGUGUCUUGUAGAUUUGGAAAACAGUGACUAUGUAGAUAAAAAUCUUACAGAGUUUUGGUUACGAGAAUAUGUGAAAUAGAUGGAAAACCACCAUCACGAUGUAAAUGAUAAGAUAACUUUUCUAAAAAAUAUUCCCAAUUUUGUAUUAGAUUCUCCACUUGUUAUGUAUGAUAUUAACAUUACAUCAUCACAGGAAAUCAUCUGUUCCCUGGCCUUCAUUCAGACCAUGGGUGUUUCUUCUCCAACCAGUAAGAAGCUGACGUUACUCCAGUUCUGAGACAUGGCCGAAAAGUGUGAAAUUCCCCUAAUGGUGUAUAGCCACGCGUUCAUAUAUUUUGAUCAGUAUUCUGCAAUACUAGAAAAUGCUGUUUGAAAUUCCACGGCCUCCCUCCUUCGCAGGAGCCAGGAUCUCGCUCUUGCACUCUGGGCAGCCCUUGCCGGCCACUAG